CACACACACACACACACACACACACACACACACUUUAGAUAAGGACAAUUAGUCACCAGCAAGACCCUGUAGGAAGAGAGGUUUAAAUCUGAGGGAUUUAAUGAGGGUGCUCUGUGCCUUCCCUGAAGCCAUGCCCUCCAGCAACUCCCGCCCCCCCGCCUGCCUAGCCCCGGUGGCUCUCUUCUUGGCUCUGUUGUUCCAUCUCUCCCUUUUCUCCCGAGCUGGAGACAGGAGACCCUUGCCUGUAGACAGAGCUCCAGGUUUGAAGGAAAAGACUCUGAUUCUACUUGAUGUGAGCACCAAGAACCCAGUCAGAACAGUCAAUGAGAACUUCCUCUCUCUGCAGCUGGAUCCGUCCAUCAUUCAUGAUGGCUGGCUCGAUUUCUUAAGCUCCAAGCGUCUGGUGACCCUGGCUCGGGGACUCUCGCCUGCCUUUCUGCGCUUCGGGGGCAAAAGGACCGACUUCCUGCAGUUCCAGAAUCUGAGGAACCCAGCGAAAAGCCGUGGGGGGCCCGGCCCGGAUUACUACCUCAAAAACUAUGAGGAUGACAUUGUUCGAAGUGAUGUUGCCUUGGAUAAACAGAAGGGCUGCAAAAUUGCCCAGCACCCUGAUAUUAUGCUGGAGCUCCAGCGGGAGAAGGCAGCUCAGAUGCAUCUGGUUCUUCUAAAGGAGCAGUUCUCCAAUACUUACAGUAAUCUCGUAUUAACAGCCAGGUCUCUAGACAAACUUUAUAACUUUGCUGAUUGCUCUGGACUCCACCUGAUAUUUGCUCUAAAUGCACUGCGUCGUAAUCCCAAUAACUCCUGGAACAGUUCUAGUGCCCUGAGUCUGUUGAAGUACAGUGCCAGCAAAAAGUACAACAUUUCUUGGGAACUGGGUAAUGAGCCAAAUAACUAUCGGACCAUGCAUGGCCGGGCAGUAAAUGGCAGCCAGUUGGGAAAGGAUUACAUCCAGCUGAAAAGCCUGUUGCAGCCCAUCCGCAUUUACUCCAGAGCCAGCUUGUAUGGCCCUAACAUUGGUCGGCCCAGGAAAAAUGUCAUCGCCCUGCUAGAUGGAUUCAUGAAGGUAGCAGGAAGUACAGUGGAUGCAGUUACCUGGCAACAUUGCUACAUUGAUGGCCGGGUGGUCAAGGUGAUGGACUUCCUGAAAACUCGCCUGUUAGACACACUCUCUGACCAGAUUAGGAAAAUUCAGAAAGUGGUGAAUACAUAUACCCCAGGAAAGAAGAUUUGGCUUGAAGGUGUAGUGACAACAUCAGCUGGAGGCACAAACAAUCUAUCAGAUUCCUAUGCUGCAGGAUUCUUAUGGCUGAACACUUUAGGAAUGCUGGCCAAUCAGGGAAUUGAUGUUGUGAUACGUCACUCAUUUUUUGACCAUGGAUACAAUCAUCUCGUGGACCAGAAUUUUAACCCAUUACCAGACUACUGGCUCUCUCUCCUUUACAAGCGCCUUAUCGGUCCCAAAGUCUUAGCUGUGCAUGUCGCUGGUCUCCAGAGGAAGCCACGGCCAGGCCGUGUGAUCCGGGACAAACUAAGGAUUUAUGCUCACUGCACAAACCACCACAACCACAACUAUGUCCGUGGGUCCAUUACACUUUUUAUCAUCAAUCUGCACAGAUCAAGAAAGAAAAUCAAACUGGCUGGGACUCUUAGGGACAAGCUCGUCCACCAGUAUCUGCUGCAGCCCUAUGGACAGGAAGGCCUGAAGUCCAGGUCAGUGCAGCUGAAUGGCCAGCGCUUAGUCAUGGUGGAUGAUGGGACCCUCCCAGAAUUGAAGCCCCGGCCUCUGAGGGCCGGCCGGACACUGGUCAUCCCUCCCGUCACCAUGGGCUUUUAUGUGGUCAAGAACGUCAAUGCUUUGGCCUGCCGCUACCGAUAAGCCAUCCUCACACUCAUAAGACCCCGGCGGACCUGCUGGAAUGCUUUCCACUCUUCCACCCUGAUAAUAGCCUUGUUUUUCAAACAUCUCCUUAGCAACAAACCAGCCUCUGCUGCCCCAUUCUACCGGAGUCAGUAAAGACUUGCUUUCCCAAAGGACAUAUACCCUAGUUGUGAGCUUAGCCUAAGUGGGUCACAAUCACCCCAAGGAAAAUGUAGCAGUCCCUUGUGCCUGUGUAAAGAGAAAGGUAUGUGUGUAGACAGUAUAUAUCCACCUAUGUCACCACAAAAGCAAGAUAGCAGAGCACCCCCAUGACAGAUGUUCCCAAACCAAUUACCCUGGUCCUGUCACAUAGCAGCAGCCUGUGCUACUACCCAGAGCAGAUGAGGAGGAAGGAAAAGGCUCGUGGACCUUUGAGAACCUAACGCUCUCCUAACUCCUCUCCUUUGCUCCCUGCUGUUGCUCAGGGCUUCCUGUCACCUCUCUUCCCAUAGGGGAGCACAGCAGGCAGUGAGUCAGUGCGAGCCUACUGGGGGAGCGGUUGAUGUCAUUUCCCAGCUGAUAUAUGAGUGUGUGCAUCUGUGCGUCUGACAGUGGCAUCAAUCACUGGAUAUUCCUCUGGGAAGCAGGUCCUUCAAAAGUAAAAUUGCAACCAUACUCAAGAUUUUGUAAGAAAGUUCUAUUCCUCUGUGAAUCCGGAUUCCCUAGGGUUAGAGUGGGAAUCAGGUAACAAUAUUCAUUAAGUGGAGAGCAAUGUAUUAGGCACCACAAAAACCAAUCAUCAUCUGUCAUGUGGCUGUGAGGGAGAGAGUUUCAGUAGAAAGAGAAAGCACAAUAAGAUAGAUAGCAUGCACACACGCACACAUACAGCAAAUGAUUCAGUCUGCUUCAAAAUUGAGAGGAAAUUAAAAGCAUGUUACAAUAAAGCCAUAAUGACUUGUUUAACCCCAAACAUCUUUUUCUCCCCCUCCCCUACACUCCACAUCACCAAACCAGGACCUUGUAUAUGAAUGACUUCAGCACUUCCAAUCUGACUUAAUUCUUUCACUCAAAGAGAGGGGUAAACAAGAGAGAGAGAGAGAGAGCCCACAGUACCAGAGCCUCCCCCAGUGCUAUGACACUUCCAUGUGGUGCUUGGUGUCAGACCUGGGUUGUGCACAUGGUAAAGUACAUGCCCCACUGGAUGGGCUAUCUUAACUUCCCCCAACCCAUUCCAUUAAAAAGGAGCUGUAAACCAAGUCAUCACUGCCAGGAACAACUGCAUCUGAUCUCCUGCCUCUCUCUUCCCAAGUAGCUGUGACACCUCAGGAGGGCACUUCCUUUGCAGAUAUUUAAGGCAGCCCUUGCAGAUCACUAGGCAAAGAGGGGUCUGCAGACUGUGGACAGUAGGCAGGAAGCUUCUGAGCUGAGCAGGUGACAAGCCAAGUUAUUUAAAGAUCAUGAUGAGGCUCUUCUCUAUGAUUCAAAGGGUAUGUGAAUCUUUGCAAACGGAAAUGACUUCCUCCUUUAUGGCAGUGAUUUUCUCAGGAUAGAUGACAUGAAUGAACUUGUAAAAAUAAAGGGGGGGAGAGAUAUUUGGUCAUAAGACUCCUACUGAGAAAGUCAUGCAAUUUCUAUUAUUAAAAGGUAAAAAAUAAAAAUAAAAAAGGAGGGGAGGGGCCGGAUUAUGAGGCCAGAAAUCAGAGAGAUGCCUGAGGACUGCUAAGGAUGAGGAACAAGCCUGCACAGUGAAAGGUGGGGUGAGACAGGAGGGGGCUUAAAGGAGGGCAGGUGAAGGGUGCUCAGGGUCACCUGCUUUCCUUCAUCACCUACUUCAGCAGGCUUAUCUUAUCUGUAAGGAGCAAGGAGAUUAGGUGCUUGACUUGCUUUUUUAGAUGCAGGGGGAACAGCUCACAGAACAGUGUGCAGUAGCCAGAUAGUGGGAGACCGGGCUGGACUGGGUCAGUGGACGAGCUCAGCCAGGAAGCAUCUAGAAGGAGAAAAGCUAACCAUGGCACAGAUAAGCAAGGUGCCCAGAGGGACCACCCCUUCUGUGGAAGUGGGCACCUCCUGUUGCAGCUUCAGCCCCGAGAGGGGAGGAGGAGAAACAGAAGACUGGAACAGAAAGGAGGGAUGGAGAUAGAGAAAGGCAAGGACAGAAAAGGAAAGGAGAAAAGAAAGGCAAAAAAGUUGUUUCCUCAAAUUUAGAAACAUGUAAGAUAUGGAAAUAUCCCCCCAUAGACUGGUACAGACCAGAGUGACCCAGAGAUUCCUGUGGGCCUAGUCCUGAGCUAGUUUGCUUUAUAUAUGUAGUAGCCCCUGACAGAGUUGAUAUUAUUCCCACUUUUCUCGAAGGGAUGAAUAGCUGAGUGGAAAUUACCCAUUGCUGUUUCAUCUAACCACUAAGCUCUGUGGCUGUCCAGUUCACAGAUUCACUCCCUGCGCCUCUGCAUUGUUCUUUGAGACCUUGGAAACUCCACUCAAGAAACCCUGUAAAUAAAUGCUGUUUCUUCACUAAAAC